AUGUCGCCAACACCGUCCUUCAGGGUCAGGCUUGCUGAACUUCGCGACGUCCCUCGUGUCACGACGGUUGCCCUCGCUAGUCUACCUGAUGACCCGGGGUUCGAAUUCAUCUGGAGGUACAGGCGCCAGUAUCCUGAUGACAGUCAAUUCUUUUGGUUGCAAGUGUUCAAACAUUAUCUCUACCAUCCCAAAAUCACGCUCAUCGUGGCUGAAGAAGUCGCGUCAUUAAAGGAAAAGCGCGAAGAUCGUGGAGAAGCAGUAGCGACAAUAAUCGCGUUCGCAUUAUGGGAGAGAAAUGGGAAGAGUUACAUCACCUUUGUGGAGAACUGGGCCAUAGGAAAGGAGUUCAGGCGGCGUGAUGGCGAUCCGAAGCGCAUGAUCGCCUUUCAGCAAGCGCUGAACUACACCCACUCGAAAUAUUGGGAGAAGAUGUAUCCUCAGAAUUACUACCUCGUUCUGCUUGCAACCCAUCCAGACUAUCGUCGGCGCGGUGCGGGCACUGCGCUCACUCAAUGGGGUGUCGACCAGGCUCUAGCUGCGGGCAUUGACGUAGGCCUUGAGGCAAGUCCGAUGGGAUUUCCACUGUACCAGCAUAUGGGCUUCGUUCUGUUGGAGAAUCUGGUAAUUAAGCCAGAUGCGGAUGACGAUCCUGCGAGUAUGCUGCUGAGGGUUAUGGUAUAUGACAAGAACAACAAGUUCUCAAUGGUCUGA